AUGAAGCUGUUUUUGGUCCUUGCUUUCGUGGUGGUGUUCGCCUGGUCCUCCGAAGCGCAAAACGGUGCAAGCUACUACUGCGGUCGCCGACUAGCUGAAGUCCUGGCUACUCUUUGCUGGGGCUCUGAAGAAGUGAAGCGCGAUGCGGGCUGGUGGAUGUCCCCUGAUGCGGCCCACUCCCUCAGCGGGGCCCGAGGCAAGCGGGGCCCAGUUGACGAGUGCUGCUACAAACCCUGCACGGUGGAUGAGCUGCUCUCAUACUGCUAG